UGGCGGAUCUAGUGUAUGUCGAUGCUGAGACGAGAGGAAAGCCAGCGACCAAUCCGAUUCGAUGACAUCCGACUGCUGAGCGCCAAUCAUGUUACAAGAAAGUUUUUUAAGUCAUUGAUUGAUCAAUCGCAUUAUGCGCAAAUACAAAUUUUGCGCAUAAUGCGAUCAGUCGAUGAAUUAAAAAUCGAUAUAUCACUCGUUCAAAGAAUGCGGUCACAAGACGCAACGCGUGGUGAGGUUGUCAGUGAAGAAAAUGGCCACUGUAUAUGGUAUGGAGAAUGUUACACGGAUGCAUCUAUGCACAAAAAGAAUUGUCUUUAUGAUGGACCAGCGAAACCGUUAAUCUCUGAAGGACAAAAAUUGUUGGCUAAGCAUUGUCCACAUUUGUUGGUGGAUAACGGCAAAGGAAUUAAUACCUGCUGCGAUUUGAACCAGCUCGUUACGUUAGACUCAAACAUCCAGCUUGCGUCAAAUUUUCUAAAAAGAUGUCCCAGCUGUUUAGAUAAUUUAAAGAAGCAUUUCUGCGAUAUGGCAUGCAGUGUUAAUCAAAGCAAGUUUAUUAACAUUACAGAGAAAGGCGAGGCAGAAGGUGUAGGAUAUAUUAAUGGGAUACAUGUAUAUAUAACGAACAAAUAUCUUGACGGAACGUUUAACUCGUGCAAUAAGGUAUCAGUGCCAAGUACGGGGCAGUUAGCAUUGGAUUUAAUGUGCGGAGAAUGGGGAGCGAGUAGAUGUACUCCUUUAAAAUGGUUUCACUUUAUGGGUGAUGCGGAGAACAAUGUUUAUGUACCUUUCCAAAUCACCUAUGUAAAUACUGACAAACCUGUCGGACCAUUUGUGCCAUUAGAUCCUCCAGUCACACCGUGCAGUAAGCCGUUAAACAAAAACACUCCAGCAUGCAGCUGUGUUGAUUGUGAACUAAGUUGUCCAGUACCACCACCGAUGCCUCCACUACCAAAACCGUUUUCAAUAUUUGGUUACGAUGGUUAUGAAGUUAUAAUGACAAUUGUUUUUAUAUGCGGUUCCUGCCUUUUCCUUCUGCUAAUGAUGUGUUUCAGCCAUAGAAAGCGUAUAGUUGCACGAGGAGAAGAAGUAGGAAGACAGGUGGGUAGACGGCUAGCUGCCGGAUUACACCACCCAGGAGAUGGUGCUCGUAUUGCCCUCGCCGCUGACCAAGAAGACAGUCCACUUCAAUCUAAGCGUUCUAGUGUUAUAUCUUCCGAUGAACUACCAACUGGAUUUGAUGAAGAACAAUCCACCUUCAUUGAGAAACUUGGAGCAGGUACUGACAAAUUUUUACAAGAAUUCUUCUGCAAAUGGGGAACAUUUUGCGCAUCUCGACCUUGGCUAGUACUUUUCCUUGGCUUCCUAUUGAUUGUUGCUUUGGGACAUGGCAUAAAAUACAUGAAAGUUACUACAGAUCCUGUUGAAUUAUGGGCAUCCCCUCAUUCCCGGUCACGUGUUGAAAGGGAAUAUUUCGAUAAACACUUUGAACCUUUUUAUCGAAAUGAACAAAUUAUUAUUACUUCCAAAGGCUUACCAAAUAUCGUACACAACACCUCCAAUGGACCGAUUGUAUUUGGUCCUGUGUUUAAUGAUACUUUUCUAAAAACUGUUUAUGAAUUGCAAGAAGGCAUUAAAAGUAUAAUUACUCCUAACAACUACACGUUAGCAGAUAUAUGUUUUGCCCCUUUAACUGGACCAUUUACCGGUCCGACGACUGUUUCGCAAUGCGUUAUACAAAGUGUUUGGGGCUAUUGGCAAGACAGUUUAGAAAAAUUUGAAGAUUCAGAAGAAGAUGGGAAUUAUACGGUGAAUUAUUUGGAUCACUUCAGAGUUUGCUCACAAAAUGCGUAUAAUCCUGAAUGUCUCGCACUUUAUGGCGGUCCUAUAGAGCCAGCAAUUGCAGUAGGUGGAUUUUUGUCUCCAGGACAAGAUCUUCACAAUUCUCCAUAUGAAAAGGCGACUGCUAUAAUUCUUACUAUUCUUGUAAACAAUUAUCACAAUAAAGUCAAAUUAUUACCUGCUAUGGAAUGGGAAGAAAGCUUUAUCAACUUUAUGAAAAAUUGGACCGCAACAAGAAAGCCAGCAUUUAUGGACAUAGCGUUCACGUCCGAACGUUCUAUCGAAGAUGAACUGAAUCGUGAAUCUCAAUCGGACAUUGUAACCAUCUUGGUAUCAUAUAUCAUUAUGUUUGGAUACAUCGCGGUAUCUCUUGGCCAAAUUAGAUCAUGCACUCGUCUUUUGCACGAUUCUAAGAUUACUCUUGGACUUGGAGGUGUACUUAUAGUGUUGGCAUCUGUAAUUUGUUCGGUUGGAUUAUUUGGUUUUAUUGGCAUACCAGCUACGCUGAUCAUCAUCGAAGUUAUUCCAUUCUUGGUAUUGGCAGUCGGAGUAGAUAAUAUUUUUAUUCUUGUUCAAACACAUCAGAGGGAAGGUAGACGUCCAAAUGAAUCGAUUCCAGAACAUAUUGGUCGUACAUUGGGUCAAGUUGGCCCUAGUAUGUUACUCACAAGUGUAUCAGAAAGCUGUUGCUUCUUUCUGGGUGGUCUCUCCGAUAUGCCUGCUGUGAAAGCGUUUGCUCUCUAUGCUGGAAUGGCAUUAUUAGUAGAUUUCAUAUUACAAAUUACAUGUUUUGUCAGUCUUUUAGCACUUGACACGGUUCGACACGCGAAUAACAGGCUAGAUGUGUGCUGCUUCAUUCGCUCUAAGCGUGAUGAUGGAGAAGAAGUGGUAGACGGAAUAUUGUAUAAAAUUUUCAAAGUUGCAUAUGUCCCACUCUUGCUUCAAAAAUGGGUUCGCGCGACUGUGAUGAUUGUGUUUUUCGGCUGGCUCUGCAGCAGCAUUGCUGUAAUACCACACAUCGAAAUUGGCCUAGAUCAGGAACUUUCUAUGCCCGAAGACAGUUUUGUGCUUAAAUAUUUCAAAUUCUUAAAUAAUUAUUUAUCUAUCGGACCUCCAAUGUAUUUCGUUGUUAAAGACGGCCUAAAUUAUUCAGACACGAAAGUGCAAAACUUAGUAUGCGGAGGACAAUAUUGUAAUAGCGAUUCGGUAUCGACGCAAAUAUUUACAGCAUCUAAACAACCGAACAGAACUUAUAUAGCUAAGCCUGCUUCAUCUUGGAUGGAUGAUUAUAUUGAUUGGUCAGGAUUAGCCGGCUGUUGCAGAUAUUUUCCUACAAACAGUUCGUUCUGUCCACAUACCCGGCGGCAAUGUACUAUGUGCAAUAUCACUUUGAAUGAUUACAACAGACCAGUACCUAUGGAUUUUGACAAAUAUGUAUCGUUCUUCCUACAAGACAAUCCCGAUGAAACAUGUGCUAAAGGAGGUCACGCAGCUUAUGGGCACGGUGUGAAUUAUAUCAGCGAUCCUAACACAAGAAUGUCAACAGUCGGUGCUUCGUAUUUCAUGGCUUAUCACACUAUUCUCAAGACUUCGGCCGAUUAUUAUGAAUCAAUGAGAGCGGCCAGAGUAGUGGCAGCGAAUAUUACAAACAUGCUCAACUGUAAUUUGAGAAGGCUUAAUGAAAACACUUCCGUAGAAGUUUUUCCCUACAGUGUUUUCUAUGUAUUUUACGAGCAGUAUCUGACUAUGUGGCCCGACACAUUGCAGAGUAUAGGAAUCUCAUUGCUUGCUAUAUUUGUUGUUACUUUCUUGUUAAUGGGUUUGGAUAUUUUCUCAUCAAUCGUGGUUCUGAUUACAAUUACAAUGAUUGUCGUUAAUAUUGGUGGCUUGAUGUAUUGGUGGCAUAUAACUCUGAAUGCUGUGUCUCUGGUAAAUCUCGUUAUGGCGGUUGGUAUAGCUGUCGAGUUUUGCAGUCAUAUAGUACAUUCCUUCUCUGUAUCAGUUCAAGCAACUAGGGUUGAAAGAGUUGCAGAUGCAUUGACAAAUAUGGGAAGUUCAGUGUUUAGUGGUAUUACACUAACAAAAUUCGGCGGCAUUAUAGUACUCGGCUUUGCAAAGAGCCAAAUUUUCCAGGUGUUUUACUUCAGAAUGUAUUUGGGUAUCGUAUUAUUUGGAGCCGCACAUGGUCUCAUCUUUUUGCCAGUACUGCUAAGUUAUAUAGGCUCACCCAUGAACAGAGAGAAAUUGGCCAACCACAAAAGAGCGAUGCAUGGAAAUCUGGACAACGUGCAAGAGACAUCUCUGAAUCAUCGCGCGUGAUGUCGCGCCGAGGGCGUAGAAGAACCGGCGACCUCGCAAGCGGAAGUGAAGUUAUGCGUCACAAACGUGACAAGCCGGAUUCUCCUCUACUCCAAAAUGACAACCACCAACGCGCGUCCACUUCCUACGCCAGUGUGAACUCUAUCGAUGUGACUGAUCACCACAUAACAUUCUAACAAAGAAUUAAGUGUUGCCGAUUUAAUCGGAUACAAUUUUUGUACUUAGAAGGACUGAAAUGUAUCUACUAAAUAAGUCAAUAGUCUUUUAUCUUGAGCCGUUAUGAGCUGAGAGAGUUUCACAAAUUUUUCUCUCCUACGAAAUAUAGAAAGUUUAACGCAAAUUGUUUCUAACAAAUUCUUCGAGACUGGUGAACAUGUCCAUCUACGUUCAUAUCUGGCAUUUAAUUUUAGCGAUAAAUAAAUUUGUAUAGUUCUAGGUUUUCGUAAUUUUUAGCAUAUUUAUUUUGGGCAAGGCUUUUUUUUUAAUGUAAUAUUAGAUUCUCACAGACUGUAUUCUAAAUUGAAAUGUUUCGUAAUUGCGAAAGCUUGAAUGUACGCGCGAUCGACUUUUUAGGUAGAAUAUCUAGAACGAAGAAUUUGUUUUCUUACUACACAUUAAGCAAAUUUAUUGAGUAUGGUGUAACAAACGUGACGGGAUAUAAAAUGCAUUUUCCUCUUUUUAUUAAUGCAUUUCUCAAUUGUGACAUGAAUCCUUUUUUCUGAUAUCGAUAUCCAAUUAUUACUUACGUAAAUGUGACAUCAAAAUAUUUAUUGUUGAAAGAUUAAUAUCAAAACGAUAUUCUCUAAUAUGUACAUUAUCUAAAAAAUUAAUAUUAUUUAUAUAAAGCAACAUAACGGUUUAUUUUAACGAUAAUAUCAAAAAUAAUUCUGCACUUUAAAAUUGCAUGUAUUUGGAAUUAUGAUUAAAUUAAUCAUUAAUUAAAUAUUUGUGAUAAUUAAACAAAUUUUUAUGCCGUCCACAAUCGAAAUAAAAUAUAAAAGAUGAGUUGAAAUAUGUACAAUAUUGAUAUUCUGUAAAAUAAGCAUGAUAUCCAUAUCAGGAUUCAAGUUUUCAAGUCUCGCAACAAUCCAUAGGUUCCAUGGUGGGAUCACUAAAUAUCCAAGUUCAUUUAUUUUGACUCUUACUAGAUCAUUCAGUUAUUUUGUUACAUCAAUACAUCUGAAAUUGUUUUUAAUUUUUUUUUAUACGAUCACCUUUAACUUCAGGAUGCAAGAAUUUCAUUAAUGAAUAUAUUUGAUAAUAAAAAUCACAAAAUUUAUUACAUACUAAUCAUUAACAUGAUUAUGUGUAUGAGAGUAUAUAUUUUUGGCAUGAAUGAUAUAAAUGUUAUAAUCUUCACCAUGUUACUUAAGGAUUCAAUUUUUGUCAUAAAACGUAUAAUUAUCAGUAUUGUCGAUUAGAUUUGAAUAUAUUUUGUAUACUUCUUAAGUAAAUAUUGUCUGGCCAAGUUCCAAAUUGACAUGUUAAGAUAUUAAAUUAAGGCCACAAGCAAAGCAAUAGCUUAUUUCUUUGUCGCUAGCUUACUAUGGAUCAACAGGGAACAUUACGUCUAAGAUUAAAAUAUUUUUCACAUUAUUUUUAUUACAGUUUUUAAGACUAUUUUUUGAAAACAAUUCUUACAAUUCAAAUAUACCUCACUUCUUUACUCUAGAUAAUUAUAUUCAGAUAUUAUGAAUAUUUGAAAGACGCAUAAAGACACAUAAAAUCUUUAAAAAUGCCCUUUUAAAUAUUGUUUUAUGUAUUUUGUUUUUGUUAGCUUUCGGUGUUAUUAUUUGUAUGUAACUAUUUAAGAAAUUAUUUUUUCUCUGUUGCUUUUGUAAAACAUUUGUCCUACACUAAUACAAAAAGUUAAAUAAGCUUGUAAUUAGAAUUUAAAGAUAUUGAGAAAACAGGCUUUAAAAGUUUGUACACAUAAAUUGUAUCAUAUUUCAGUAUAACAAAAAAAUGUAUCUUUCAUAAAAAAAUAAAACAUAAAAUUUGAGAAGUAAAAAGCUAUAAAUGUAUGAAUGCAUCUAUUUGGAUGACUGAAAAUAAAUCAAAUUUAUUGUAUAAAUUACAAAGUGAUAAAUUACUUUGACAUAAGUGUCAUUGCCUUAAAUCAAAUGCGUAAAUCAACUCUCACCUUAUACAUGAACAAAUUAAAUAAAUUACAUAGGGCAGUUACUACAAAUAUGGCUUAGAAUCUCACAUGACAUAUAUGGCUCAUACAUUAGUUUUAAAAUAUCUAAGUUAUUAUUACUAUUUGCAAUAAGAAAUUAAAAGUACUGUGGGCAAAAGGCUCAAUUACUAUUUUUAAUAAUUUAAUUAUGUACAUUAUAGUUAUACAUACAGAAAUUAUUUUGUGAUCCUUAGUAAGCAAAAACCUCAAAGGAACAAAAUGUGAAUCUUUUUAUGAAUCCUAGCAAUUGACCAGUUCAAAAUAUGCUUGUUGUAUUAAAAAUUUAAAACUAAUUGAGGGAAUCGCAAAGUAGAUAUUCAAAUACAUUUUCUUUGAUAAGCUUUGCAAUCCCACUAAGUUUAAACUAAAACAUUCUAUUUUUUCAACAAGAAUGCUGUGAUUUUGAUCAUUGGUUGAUUGCUUAGGCAUGAAUUUAUUAUGAUUUAGCCAAAUAUUUAGGAUUACAUAAGAUUUUUGUCGAAUAGAAAAGAAUGGGAUAGUUUACAUUCAAUUAAUUACUAGGUUCCCAGUGCGGGAUAGAUUUGCCAACUUUAUUUUUUAGUGCGCUUUGUCAGUGUAAGUUCUUUAUGAAGUAUGACGCUUUUGCUCAAUACAUGUAACAAAUUUUGCAACAGUGUCUUUUGUUUUGUACAAUAUAACAAAAACUAGCAGGUGAAUUAAUCAUUAACAUCAAUGUGUUUUUGAACAUGCUUGAUGCUUAUUUCUCGUUUGAAAGAACAAAAUUCAUUUUCGUCACAAAUUUGAACGUUUUAUAGAAUGAAACUUUUAUACUCAAACAGUACAUACAAUUACAAAAGGAAGGAACUCGCUAAAUACAAAGUUGUUAAUACUUCUCAAGUUGUUAUUACGAUAUAUGUACUUGCGCAUGCAGAUGAAUGUGUAAAACUUGAAAAAAAAGACGGUAAUAAAUGUUAUAAAUCAUACAUAUAAAAAUAUGUCGUAAAAUGUACAGGUUUGUGUAUUUGGCAGACGUAUGCGUGUGUUCGAUAUAUGUAUGAAGCGAAACUUCGUUAAAUUUAAUGUAUGUUGGUCCGCUCGAAUACUACUCAUAAAUGAUUUUCGAUUUAUACUGCACCUUGUAUAUGACAAAAUGCAUAUCAAUAGAAGCUUUGAUGUAAAUAUGAAGUAUUGUGCGGAAAUGAGAAAGUAUAUAACGUCAAAUUAAAAUGAUGUGAUGGAAUAAAAAAAAAGAAAACUCAGAGAAGCAUCUCAAGUAGCAUACAAAGCGUACUGUGUUGUCACGUAAAUACAAAUAAAUUUUCUCCUGUUUGUACUAUA